GCUUUACGUCAAUUUAUUAGCAGCACGGAUCCUAUUACAGGCCUUCCUCCUUGCUGCCCUCCCUUUGCUGUCCCUCCAGUACAGGGACCAGCAGCAGCAGAUGCAGCAGAGGCAGCAGCAAAUGCAGCAGCAGAUGCAGCAACAGAUACAGCAGCAGAUACAGCAACAGCAGGGCCUCUUCUCUGGUCUGGGUUUGAGCCCCUAUCUGCUGCUGCUGCUGCAUAUGCUGCAGCAGCAACACUUACUGAUGAUGAUGGAGAGACGCAACUGCAGGAUCUUGCUGCUGCUUUUGCUGCACUACUUAAGGGGAAAACACCAACAGCAACAACAGCAGCAGCAGCAGCACGAGCAGCACAGGAAUCUGUCUUCCCUUCUAUUUCCUUCUGGGUGCAGCAUCCGCUGCUGGGGGAUCUAAAGAGACUGUAUCGUCUCUGUGCUGAUCCAGCAGCAGCAGCUGCUGCUGCUGCUGCUGCAGAACGCCUGCAGCAGCAGCUACCGCCCCUGCAUGCAUUUUCAUCUCGCUGUGAGUGGCUAACAGAUGAGUCCCAAAGCCCCACCGACUUGCUGCCGCAUGACAGCAGGAGCAGCAGCAGUGGCAGCAGCAGCAGCAGUGGCAGCAGCAGCAGCAGUGGCAGCAGCAGCAGCAGCAGCACUUCCAAUGGAUUAGAUCUAAAGGAUUUAUUUAAAAAUGUAAUAAGAAGAAGUAGGGAAAACUAUGCAGCAAGAAUGGAGCAAAGAGGGAAAAAAAUAAGACAGACUCCUCCUUACCUGCAGCAGCAGCAGCAGUAG